AUGGCAGACCAGAGCCCACCAGAGACGACGACGAUCGCCGUACCCAUGGAGCGAUCGAACGCCCCUCUCGACGUUCCUCCCCCCCACACGGCGACGACGACGACGGUGGACGUGUCCGUCACCCAACCUGCAGUGGUACCGUUCGACCAAGGCGAGCUACUCAAAAUUCCUUCCGAGGUCGUGUACAUCUUGAUCAUGGGGUGGAAAGGCAAAAAAGUGAGAUCCCGACUGGUUGUAGUCUUGGAACGCGACGACUCGGGAUGACUCCUGGAACGAGCCUUGGAGAACUGACUCCACUCCGCUCCGGUCGACUCCCAACUUCUCCUUGCAGUACGACCUGACUGUCGUGGAAAGUGAUACCGUAGGCGAUCUAAAACUCACCAUUUGGACCAUGACCUCGGUCCCUCCGGAGCGCCAGAAGAUCGUCGGUUUGGUCAAGGGCAAGCUACCGAGCGAUGAGGUCGAGGUCAAGUCAUGCUUGUCUGUCACGUCCAACGGGAAACCCAAAGAGUUCAUGAUGGUAAGCUCUCGGACGUAGUACUGUCACUCCUCGAGAAACGUUGCAUGCUGAUCUUCCGACCCCUCUCGUACACCCCCCCCCACCACCAGAUUGGUACCCCGGAGGGGGAGGAGCACAAGGAGAUGGCGGGGCCGACGACGGCACGAGAACAAGAGCUCGAUAUCGACUACAACUCGGCCGAGUACAAGGCCGCACAGAACGUUCGUAACAUGCGCAAACUCAAGCAGGCGAUCGCGGCGUUGAAGAUAGACGAGAUGAACCCGCCCCGAGCUGGUACAUUAUGAGCUGUCCCUUAGCGCUUGGGGGUAACGUACAGGACUAACACGGACUGCAUUACGUUCGUUGCAGGCAAGAAGCUGCUGGUGUUGGAUCUCGACUAUUGCAUUCUCGAUACGGGUCGGUUUUUCGAGCUUCUCUACGGACCCCAAGAACUCGGCGAGGCUUACACGUUUUUAUUUAUUUAUUUCAAUCUCAGCGCUCUGGAAGGAAGAGAAUUUCGUCGCGUCUCGUAAGCAAACCUUGGGCCGAAUUUACUGUAGUGCGAGAAAGAGUUACUGAGCAAUCCUCGCGUAUGCUCAGAUUUUGCCCGGCCAUACCUUCAUCAAUUCCUUGGCGCCAUCUCGCCAUUCUACGAUAUUGUCAUUUGGAGGUAGGUGCUCUUAUCCAGAUCUCUUCAAGAUCUCGAUCACUCAUUUUCCCUUUGUCGCCUGCUCGUUUGACAGUCAAACAUCCUGGCGUUGGCUAGAAACCAAACUAGUAGAACUUGAUGUGAGUGCACGCCACAUGCUAAGCUCAGUGCCUCGAAGAGCUCAAACGAUCUCGCCCUCCCCUCACAGAUCAUCGGGGAGAGCGCACCUGGUCGUUACAACAUCAUCACGACGCUCGACCGCACGCCGAUGUUUUCCGUCUACUCGCAACGGGAGGGAAAACCUUACAAGCACGAGGUAUGCACCAACAGGUGGUUCUGAAUAUUAUUUCCGAAGCUGAUCAGGAAUCACAUGAUAGGUGAAAGCAUUGCCGAUCCUGUGGGCCAAAUUCCCCACCCACUACUCGUCGCUGAAUACGAUCCACGUCGAUGAUCUGGCCCGAAAUUUGUAGGUACCUAUGCUCGGUUCAAGCAGCAGGAAGAACCCAGAAACUCACGUUCACGAAAGUCGUUCAUUGCGACAGCGCCAUCAACCCGCGCAAUGGACUCCGCGUCAAAGCGUACAAGGACGCGAUGCGAUCCGGAGCGAAUGAUAGCGAACUCGUCUACGUCGCCAAGUACCUCUUGCAGCUAGUACACGUCGAUGAUUUUACGCAGUUGGAUCAUGCGGGUUUUAGGAAGUGUAGGUUGCCUUUACCGACGGGGACGGAGGAUCCGGUCAACUGGCUUCGAGGAGCGGCAGGGCAACCUAGAGCUGGGACUGGGGGUGAGGCUGGGAGUGGAGGGCAGAAUAAUGGUGGCGGAGAGGGAGCCGCCCCGAGCUGA